GGGUGCUUCCCACAACUUGACAGUUGUUGCAGUAAACAGUUCGCUUUAACAAACACAGAACAUUAAAACUUAUCAGUAUGAUAAUUUGUAUUUCGUUUUAGCAAUCAAUUUCUUAGGGACACAAAAGUUACAUUAAAAGCGCCUACCCCGGUCAACAGUCAUGUUUUGCUGCCUGAAGAAUUGCCUGAAUGGUGUUCUUCCGCCACAGACGGUGCAGAUUCGACGGGAACAUGAUCCAAUCCAGCUCGAUACGUCACAUAUGGGACACGAGGUGGUAGUAAUAAAAGGAGGACAACGAGCAUGUGGAUCAGGUGGAGUCAUAGCCAAUACUCCUCUGUUGCAAUCCAAGUCCUACUUCGAGGUCAAACUGCAACAAGGCGGGCAGUGGUCCGUGGGGCUUGCCACUCAACAAGCUGAUUUGAAUGAAUCGAAAGGAGGUUUCGAUAAGGAAACGUGGUGUCUCACUUCGGACAAUGUCGUAUAUCACAACGCGAAACCCCUACAUAAACUGGAACCAAAUUUGGAGGCGGCUAAUGGAAGCAUUGAUACCGAUCCCGCAGCCCUGACGAAACUAGACUCGAAUGCCACGUCAACGCUUGUGAAUAAUAGUGGGAUUCCCCAAGAGGGGGAUACCAUCGGCAUUGCUUAUGAUCACGUGGAGCUGAACUUCUACUUGAACGGGACGAAUCUGAACGUUCCGGUGUUGAAUGUUCGAGGAACGGUAUUUCCCUGCCUGUUUGUUGAUGAUGGUGCAAUCCUUGAUAUCGUGCUGGAUAAUUUCAGCUACAGCCCACCUCCGGGAUUUGAACGAAUUCUCAUCGAACAGUCAUUGCUCUGAUCUGUAUGUAUAUUAAUGUUUUUAUCUAAACAUUUGCCUCUCCAUAGGCUCACCUUUUAGGUCCAACUUAACAAUAACUAUAUUAUUAGAUAGCACUCUAGAAUUGUUAUAUUUGUUGUAACAUCAACCUACCCCUAGUUAUUUUAAUUAAUCUACCCACAUUCGAAUCGAAAAAUUCAAAUCAUUUUCCUCUCUCAUUUGCAUUUAUUAAUUAUGAGGAACAAUUUUCUAACAAUCUAAUACGAUACAAUCAUUCGGCACUAUAAACCAUACUUUCAAAACCAAUACAAUGCGGUUGAAAGUUUGAAACGGUUGUUAUUAAAUUGGUUACAAAUCUUUCUGUAAAUCAAAUAAAAAUUCUGUAUUCUUGUUGAAUCAAUUUUUACCAUGCGACACCAUUUGCUAUUGACUUUCUUUCUUGAAUCAGCUUUUACAACAAAACAACCAUUACUCAGACGAAUUCCUCACCAUUCAACAACUAUUUGGAAAUGAUCCGUUAUCUGCAAAAUCAACAAUUUUAUGCGCUGCGAGCCCCAUACAAAGACAUCAAGAGAUAUAUUUUGCUAUCGCUUAAUAUUGACCAUUCGGUAAACAAAGCAGAAGCCGAAUGACAUGCUCUUUUAUUUGAUAGGUCUUUUUAAAGCGCCAUAUUCGUAUGGAUCUGGUCUAACAAGAUUAGCAUCUAAUAAGUCUUACGGUAACCUCUGCAGAUCAAAGACGUUAACUAUGUACUGAUUGUGAAUAUAUCUAUUUAUACUGGAA